AUGCCUAUUCCAGAGACAUACAAAGCCUUCAGGCGCACCACCGGCGACCUGCCGAGGACCAUCGUCCCCUCAACUGAACCCAUGGUGCAAGAGCUUGCGCCGCACGAUGUCCUCCUCAAGAUCCACGCCGUCUCCCUCAACUUUCGUGAUGUCGGCAUGCUGAACGGGCGCUACCCAGUGGAUGUGAUUGAGCGUGGCAUUCCGUGCUCCGACGCAGCUGCUGAGGUUGCGGCUAUCGGAAGCGCGGUGAAGGAUUUCGCCAUCGGAGACCAUGUUUCGGUCAAUUUCGAUCUCGGCCAUCUUGUUGCAGGCGAUGACGAGCCGAUGCAGGCACUUGGGGGUGAUGUUGAUGGCGUUCUGAGGGAGUAUGCGGUUUUUGAGGAUAAGGAGCUUGUGCAAUUGCCCAAGCACUUGUCGUGGGAAGAGGCAUCCACUAUCGCGUGUGCCGGUGUCACGGCUUGGACUGCUCUCGACAACUUGAAAGCGCCGAAUCCUAGAAGUGCCUUGUUGCAAGGCACGGGAGGCGUCAGUCUGUUUGCUUUGCUGAUAUGCCUUGCCGCGGGCAUCAAACCAAUCAUCACGUCCUCCUCUGACAAAAAGCUUGAGGAAAUCCGAAAGCUCAGCUCUGAUGUCGGUACCAUUAACUACAAGACCGUCUCUGACCAAGUCUCGGAAGUGAAGCGCCUCACCGACGGCAAGGGCGUCGACUUUGUCAUUAACAACACUGGACCGGCGUCUCUUCCGGAAGAUAUCAGUUUCUUGCGUUCACGUGGUGGUGUCGUCUCUCUUGUUGGCUUUUUGGCCGGUUUCAAUGGCGACUGGCAGCCAAGUGCUAUCAUGGCGUUGAUGUCGAAGUUUGCGAAGUUGAAGGGUAUUGGUGUCGGCUCCAAGCAGGAUUUCGUGGAGCUGAAUCAGUUUCUGGCUGAGAAAAAGGUAUCCCUUGCCCCGCUCGUUGACCGAGUCUUUACGUUUGAUGAAUCACCGGCCGCGUUCGACUAUUUGUACUCUGGCAGCCAUGUGGGCAAGGUCAUUAUCAAGGUGCAGGACUAG